GUAAAUUAGAUCGGAGAAAUUGAAGUAGCAGCGAAUGAAGGGCGUGAAAGAGACAGCGGGCAACAUCGGCGCCUCGGCAGUAUCUGGGAUGGAGAAAACCAAAGCCGUCCUUCAAGAAAAGGUGGAAAGGAUGACAGCGCACGAUCCACUCGAAAAAGAGAUGGCAACACAGAAGAAAGAAGAAAGGAUCAACCAGGCCGAGCUGGAGAAGCGAGAGAAACUAAUGGCACACAAAGCCGAGGCGACUACCGGCGUAGCGGCGGGCAAAUCGUACUCAUAUUCUACUACCGGCGCAGCAGGGCAUCCGACUGGCGCUCAUCAGAUGUCAGCCAUGCCGGGGCACGGCACUGGAGCUCCAGUGGGAGAGGUGAUCGAAGGGGUGGUGGAGUCUCGCCCAAUCGGAACCGCCAUGCCAGGGACUACGAGGCUGGAGCACCACCGCUCAUAAUAAUGCCCCUGGCGCAGGAGGCACUUAAAG